GUGUAUUACCUUCAGGAGAUGGCCUCUUCUAAGUCUUUGAUAAACCUUCUAACCUUCACUUUUGGAUCAGCAAUCGGAUUUUUUGUCUGCUAUCUCCUGUUCAGCAUUGUACUAGAAGAACAGGCUAAGAUCCAGCCUCACAUCCUUCACAAUGAUCCACAUGGUCAACACUCAGCAGAUACUGAUAACAAUCAGCUGCAAGGACAAAUGAAUUUCAAUGCAGACUCUAGACAGCAUAAAGAUGAGAAUAAAAAUAUUGCAGAAGGACUGUAUCAAAAGGUGAAAAUACUGUGUUGGGUCAUGACUGGACCUCAAAAUCUAGAAAAGAAAGCCAAACAUGUUAAGGCCACUUGGGCCCAACGUUGUAAUAAAAUACUUUUUAUGAGCUCUGAGGAAAAUAAAGACUUCCCAGCUGUGGGCCUAGAAACCAAAGAAGGCAGAGACCAACUGUACUGGAAAACUAUUAAAGCUUUUCAAUAUGUAUAUGACCAUUAUUUUGAUGAUGCUGAUUGGUUUAUGAAAGCAGAUGAUGAUACAUAUGUUGUACUGGACAAUUUGAGAUGGCUUCUGUCCAAAUACAGCCCUGAACAGCCAAUCUACUUUGGAAGAAGAUUUAAGCCUUACGUGAAACAGGGCUACAUGAGCGGAGGAGCAGGAUAUGUUCUGAGCAAAGAAGCUCUGAAGAGAUUUGUUGCUGCGUUUAAAACAAAGAAAUGCUCCCACAGUUCUUCUAUUGAAGACCUAGCACUAGGAAAAUGCAUGGAGAUCAUUAAUGUGGAAGCAGGAGACUCCAGGGAUACAAGUGGUAGAGAAACUUUUCAUCCCUUUGUUCCAGAGCAUCACUUAAUCAGAGGAUACCUACCAAAAACAUUCUGGUACUGGAAUUAUAACUAUUAUCCUGCUGUAGAGGGUCCUGGGUGCUGCUCUGAUCUAGCGGUCUCAUUCCACUACGUAGAUUCUGUGACAAUGUAUCACUUGGAAUAUUUGAUUUAUCAUCUCCGCCCCUAUGGCUAUUUGUAUCGGUACAAUCCUGAUCAGGCAAAGAAAGCAGAGGAGCAGAGCAAAACUGAAGCACUGGAGGAUAAUCAAAAGCUAAAGCAAAAAGUUUCUGAGAACUAA